AUGGACAAUGCAAGCUACCAUUCUAGGCGCCAAGAACGUGUUCCGGUCCGGUUCCGGAAAAAGCAAGCCAUCCAAGAUUGGCUUUCUUCAAAAGAACUAAUAUUUGAAGUUAAGGAGACGAAAUCAGAGUUACUAGAAAAAGUUAAAAAUGUAAAGGAAAGAUACCAAUCCUACGUGACCGACGAAAUGGCUAAACAGUCUGGGAUUGAAGUUUUACGCUUACCACCCGAUUGA